AUGACGAGUCACGCAUACGAAGACAUUCAGGAGGGAUUGCCCAGGGAACUACUGUUGUUUAAUUUACCAGUGACGCAGACAGCUGUGACUCGUAACUAUUACGUAGAUUAUAGACCCGUUUCUCAGAUAAGCGAAAACGGACCCGUAGAAUUCAGCGUACCCGGGACAGGAGAUUAUCUGGACUUUAAAAAAAGUUUGUUAUAUGUUAAAGCGCGAAUCCUCAAAGCGAAUGGUUCAGCUCUUGAGGCGGACGAGAAAGUCGGUCCUGUGAAUAAUUCUUUGCACAGUUUCUUUAAUCAGGUGGACAUUUCGUUAAACGGGAAACAGUUCCCGAGUAGUGGCGGGGCGGCCUAUGCUUAUAAAGCUUACCUACAGAAUUUGUUAAAUUACGGAGAAGAGGCAAAACAAUCCCAGCUUCAAUGUAGCUUGUUUUUCAAGGAUGAUGCUGGUUAUAUGGAUGUCGCGGACCCUAACGGUGCUAAUUCCGGGUUGUACUCGCGCACCGUUUUCUGUAAAGAAAGUUCGUCUUUUGAUUUAGAAGGGCCCAUUUUAGAAGAUGUGUGUCGACUCGAUUGUUUUGUGUUAAACGGAGUAGACGUUAACAUCAAAUUGUAUAGACAAAACUCGUCGUUCUGUCUCAUGUCCGCCGAGGCGGAUCCGCAGUUCAAAAUUGUCUUUGAUGACGUCAUAUUCCGGGUUUGCAGAGUACAGGUGUCGCCAGGUAUCAUAGUGGGGCACACAAAGGCUUUAGAAACGACUACAGCUAAAUAUCCCUUGAUUAACACAGACGUAAAAGUGGCCUCUAUUGCUGCAGGACAAACCCGAUUCAUCUGGGAUAACAUUUAUUUGACCCGCUGUCCCAGUAAAAUCGUUCUCGGACUGGUCUCUACGGAGGCCCAGACAGGGAGUUAUGUGAAAAACCCUUUUAAUUUUCAAACCUUUGGCGCUCGUCAUGUCGGCGUAUUUGUCAAUAAUGUGAGUGUUCCCGGGCAGCCUUAUAAAAUAGAAGAAAACUGUUACAUCUCAGCUUACCACAGUUUAUUUGAUAUUGUCGACAAAUCCCAAAUCGAUUCCGGAAACAAUAUUGAUCGAGACGAUUGGAAGUAUGGCUACUGCCUUUACGGCUUUUCGUUACAACCCCAGUUUGGAAACACAGAUACCCUUUCUUUAAUGAAUCAAGCAAGCGUUCGACUAGAACUAGCCUUCGAGCAGGCACUGACAGAAACCGUUUCCUGUAUCCUGUAUGCUGAAUUCCCCUCUUUAUUUGAGAUAGACAAUACUAGAAAUGUAAUUCUUAACUUUAUAUCAUGA